CUUACUGAUGCCUUUGCCCAUGACAUGGAGGACACAAAAAUAAUAUACCACAUAGAUGAAGAAAAUACUCCUUAUUUAGUUAAACUUGCGGUGAAUGCAGAUAAGGUUACUCUAGGUGAUUUUAAAGCGGCACUGAAUCGACCAAAUUAUAAAUUUUUCUUCAAAUCUGUUGAUGCUGAUUUCGGUGUCGUUAAGGAAGAAAUCAGUGAUGAUUCAGCUUGUCUGCCUUGCUUCAACGGAAGAGUAAUAGCUUGGCUUGUUACAGCCGAUGGAAGUGCAAAAUCCGAUAAUCAUUCAUCUACGGGUGAUGCCUUGGUCUCAUCUCCUUUUUUCAGUCCCAAGUCAAAUGACCCCCACGACGAGGCAAGCAGAAACGCGGCUUCGAAUAAAAGAGAUAACCGCGAUGAAUGCGAAACCUGUGGCGACAGCGAGUCUGCUUGUAGUGGCGAUCAUCUUCCCCCACUUAGAAACUUCCAAAAUUACAAACAUGGCAAGUUUUGUUCAUUGUUAGUGCAUGGUCGGCGUUAUAUCCUUUUUUUAGCCAUUGUAAUUAUUGGAACGGUUUAUCUUAUUUUGGUUGUAGGAUCGAGACUGGGAAAACUCGGCAGAGUAAACCAAAGCAUUUACGACACGUCCUCCUCGAUGUUGAGUUCUGACCUCGAGUCGACCAGUUUUUUUGAUUCUGAAGACGAGUCUAGUAGAUUUUCGACCACCACAGGCACGACAGUCUCCUCGAUGCGUUACGGAGGGCACCGGCAACGGCGUCGUCGCCGCUCCCUGCCAAUCAGCCGGAUUAGCGAAGAUGCCUCUUCGUACAGCAGCAUGACUGAUUCAACCAUGUCGUUGAAUAUCGUCACCGUUACGCUGAAAAUGGAUACUGUCAACUACCUGGGGAUUUCCAUCGUGGGCCAGUCAAAUAGGGCUGGCGACGGUGGCAUUUACGUCGGCUCUAUAAUGCGUGGUGGAGCGGUUGCUUUGGACGGACGAAUAGAGCCCGGAGACAUGCUUCUCGAAGUGAAUUCCAUUUCGUUCGAGGACAUGAGCAAUGAUGAUGCUGUUCGCGUCCUUCGUGAGCAGGUUCAAAAGCCUGGCGAGGCGAUAAUGACAUUUGCCCGGAUCCGUCUGAUACCUAAAAAAAUCUGCCAGCGCCAAGCUGGUGCGAAGACUGCGCUUUGGUUGGCGCAGCCAUCUCAGGCAUCGUCAGUUGUGAUUGGUGAUUUGUCUAGCCCGAUCACCCUGGUGGUGGCCAAGUGCUGGGACCCGAACCCCCAGAGCAACUGUUUCGUCCUCUCCCGCCAGGAGCCGGUGCGUCCGAUCGACCCGCGGGCAUGGGUUCUCCACACCAACGCCAUGACGGCGGCGGGCGCAGUCGCCUCCUCCGGUGGCCUUCACCCCGAGCCCGUUGGACCGCUCUCUGAUACCAAUUCUGCCUUUUGCAGCAAUUUUCCCGUGCCCGGCGGUGGUGCUGGCAGUGGGGUACUGCUCCCCCUUCCCAAGAGCAAUGCCUCGAGCUCCUCAGUGACAGCAAAAUCGGGGCCCGACUCCUCGGGUGGUGGUGGCGGCGGAGGUGGUGGUGGUGCCGUCGCACCCUCCUUCCUCGGCCAUCAUCCGCAGGCGUCCUCGCAGCCGUCAGAUCUCACGACAGCGGCAGCCGCAGUUGAGCAGCCCCAGCAACUCAAUGUGGCCACUGAAAUGGCCAUCGUCGUGCGGGCAAUGCUGCAACCAGAGUCGGGUCUCGAAAUCCACGAUCGCACUUGGCUCAAAAUUACAAUCGCAAAUGCCGUCAUAGGUUCGGACUUGGUAGACUGGCUGUUCGCCAACGUGGAUGGGUUCGCUGAUCGUCGCGAGGUCAGGAAAUACGCCUCGAACAUGCUCAAGUGUGGCUUCAUUCAGCACACCGUGAACAAAACAACCUUCUCUGAGCAGUGCUAUUACGUUUUCAGCGACCUCGCCGGCACUGUUCUUAUGAACCUUGAGGAGAUGGAUUCGGUGUCAGAGAUCGGUGUUAGCCGACACCCUCAAGGAGUCAUCGGAUUGAUGCCUCAAAAUAACGGCACCUCCUCCGUUUCAUCAGUGCCCGGGGGCUCCUUUGCCUGUUCUCUGCCCUCGUUCAGCGCAGCAAACUCCGCCAGCCCAGCCACCGCCGCCAUCCCACCGCAGUCAGCAGCCCCCGGUGCGGGAUUCUGGCCGUCCGGUGGUGGCCAACCGCUCUUCCCCACCCCGCCAAUUCACCCACAACAGCAUCACCUCGCCAUGUCUCCCCCGAACGCACCGGGUCUCAAUUCUGAGCACAAAUCAGUCGAUUUAAAGAGCAUUGUACCGACUCAACUCCAGCAGCGUCCCAACGUGGGGGACGACGACGGAACUUCGUCAGCCUCCUCUAGCAGCUCCACGUCAACGUCCUCCUCAUCCUCGUCGUGCUCGUCAGCAACGCGACAGGCGCCACCCCAAUCGUCCGACGCGGCGGUCCCACUCACUUGUGUGCCGCCCUCCGCCGCGUCCCAUGCGCCCCCGCAGCCCGGCGUCGCUGCGUCCGUCCAUUCUGUUAACGUCACGCCUUGCUCAUGCCUUCACCUGCGGCGUCGGCGGCGAUCGAAGGGCGGCGCAUGCCACGGUCCCUCCGACGUCGCCGCACCGUUGACCCCGCCGGUGCCUGAUCGACACCCCGCCAAGGACCCGCCUCUCGCGCAUACCUCCGCCACGUCAACCACCAACCUCCCCGACUGUGCUGCUGCGAUUGACGAGGGUGCAGCUGCCGCCGAUCAAGCUGUCCUCCGAGAUUCGCCAGGCGCGACGGCGGGCGGCGGUCGCGCCCCGCGUCCCCUCCAGCCUACCCUGGCGUCCCCGCCGGUCUCGACUGGUUCGAGCGGCUGCGCCUCGGUUCGUUCGCCACCGCCUGCCACCGGCUCCAUCAGCGAUCACAACCAACAAUUCCAACGUACCAAUUAA